CGUCUUGCUGCAGCCGUCCACGGUUGGUCGGCGCGCACUGAGGCUUCGCGCUCGCAGCGAUGCAGCAGCCAUAGUCAGGCGACGUCUUCCGCUCGUCCGUCCGUCCCUCGUCGCUUCCCGCCCGGCCUCCGCUCGUCUUUCGCGCCGCUCUUCGCUUCCUUCCAAGCCAGCGGACGUCCGUCAUGGCCGAGCAUCAGAGACAGCGCUCCCUGUCCACCGCCGGCGAGUCUCUCUACCACGUGCUGGGAGUGGAAAAGCUGGCCACCAACGAUGACAUCAAGCGCUCCUACAGGAAACUAGCUCUGAAGUUCCACCCGGACAAGAAUCCGGACAAUCCGGAAGCGGCGGACAAGUUCAAGGAGAUCAACAAUGCCCACGCCAUCCUCAACGACCCCACCAAGCGCAACAUUUACGACAAAUACGGCUCGUUGGGGCUCUACGUGGCCGAGCAGUUCGGAGAGGAGAACGUCAACACUUACUUUGUGCUCUCCAGCUGGUGGGCAAAGGCGCUUUUCGUCUUCUGCGGCUUGGCCACCGGCUGCUACUUCUGUUGCUGCCUGUGCUGCUGCUGCAACUGCUGCUGCGGGAGGUGUAAACCCAGACCUCGCGAGGGCCAGGAGCAGGACUUUUACGUCUCCCCGGAGGACCUGGAAGCUCAGCUGCAAUCCGACGAGAGGGAGGCGGCGGGUGAGCCAAUCAUGCUUCAGCCCACGGCGGGGGCCACAGAGACCACCCAGCUGACAUCGGACGGCCACUACUCCUACCGCACCGACACCGCUUUCAACUAAAGCGUCUGUCCGUUUCGUCUUUCAACAGCAGGAGGGACCGAGCGGCCGGGAACUUGUCCUUAUUUUUUUCUUUCCCACGCAGACAAGAAAAGAAAAUCCUUAACUUUUUUUUUUCUAUUGGCCCCUCGUGGUGUCGCAUGCGCCCCCUAUCUUUCCUCUCUCUCGCCGCGUCCAUUUCGACGUCGCUCGGCUCGGCGGGCAGGCGCUUGGGAUUCUCGUCAUAUCGGCGGGCGCGUCUCUCGUCGUUUUUGUUUUGUUUGUUUAUUGAACGUGACACUCUUCACGCGGAGCGUUGUUUUCGGGACGGACACCGCACGGUUUGCAUGUCUUGCCACGCAUCUUCAAAUCUCAAAACGCGGCGCGGCGUGCACGCCCGUGCGUCCACCGUACGACUUUGGCCGCCGUCGACGGCGAUAGACGAACUAAUUACUGAUACUAAUUACUGAUACAUUUAUGAAUAUAUUCCUCCUUUUUAUUUAUUUUUCAUAUUUUCCCCCAAAUAUUUUCUCGUUUUAAUUUAUUUUGUUUUAAUUUUAUGGUAAUUUUGUUUAUUAAUAUUUUUGCAUUGGUCCCUCUUUUUUUUUAAUUUUUCCAUGAUAAUUUAAAUAAUUAACAAUAUAAUAUGUCUUUUUUUUUUUUAUUAUUUAUUUAUUUUUUUUCAUGUUUUCCCCAAAAUAUUUUCUCUCAUUUUAAUUUAUUCAUUUAUUUAUUUUUCUAUAUUCUAUAUAUUCUUUAUAAAUUUAUAAAGUAUCAUUUUCUUCUUUUUUUUAAAUCCUUUUUUGUAUUUUUCCCAUUUUUGUUGAUUUUUUCAAUAUUUAUUUUUUAAAUGUAAUAAUAUAUAAUUUAUAUAAAAUACAUGAGAAAUAUAGAAUAUAGAAAACUUAUUUUUUAUUUUUUGUAUGGAAUUUUCCAAUUUGUUUUAUUUUCCAUGUAAUUUAUUCAUUUUAAUUAAUUUUAUAUAUUCUAUAUUUUCUUUUUAUUUUUUUGUAUAAUGUGUAUAUAUAUAUAUAUAUAUAUAUAUAUAUAUAUAUAUCGUUAAUUAUAUAUAUUACAUUUAUUAAUUUUAUUUAUUUUAAUGUAUUUUCCAGUCUAUUUUUUAUUUUUAUUUUUUUUUUAUUUUGCGUUUUUCCAAUUUUUGUUGAAUUUUUCAAUAUCAAUUUAAAUAAUUUUGAGUAUAAUAAUGUGUAAUUUAUAUAAAAACUAAGUUAGAAAAUAUAGAAUAUAUAAAAUUAUUUUUUAUCACAAAUUGUAUUAUUACACUGUUAACGUUAUAUAUACCAUAUAUAAACAUGUACAUGUGAAUUUAAACAUUCAACAAAAAUUGGAAAAAUACAAAAUAUUUCCUCAUAUUUUACCUGUUUAGAAUUAUUUUGUAUUUUUCCAUUUUGUUGUUGAAUUUUUUUCUAAUAUAUAUAAUUACAUUAUAACAUUGUAAUAAUAUAUAAUUUUCUUCCAUUUUUUAAAAAAUCUUUUUUGUUUGUUUAGAAUGCUCCCAUUUUUUGUUGUAUGUUUCCCCAAUCAAAUAAAAAAUAUAUAAAAUGUAUUAUUUAUUUUAAAUGUUUAAUGUUAAAUGUAAAUUCAGUCGUCAAGAGGUUAACGUUAUAUCAUAAAUUAAUAUGUCACUGGCUGCCAUUGAAGGCCAUCGUACGAUCGCCGCCAGCCCUCCCUAUUCUGAACGGAUUGGACGUCUUUCGCCGUCAAUGGCGGCUCAAGUAGUGCCCGUCGCUGACAUGUAGCUCCCUUUUUAAAAAAAAAAAAAUUUGAUCUCAGUCCAAACAGAUCAAACGUCUAUCUCUGUCAAUGGCAGCGAAGGAAUUAAGCGCUCGGACGUUUCCUCGGAUAUACGUCGUCAACCCCCCCGCUGUGUGUCCCGUGGCUUUUUCAUGGAGAAGACGCGACCGAGAAAAAAAAUGGUUUACUUAGGUCAUAUGUUGUGGUGGGAAUCAUUUCAAGUGGUCAAGUGUUGUAUAUCGUAACCAUUGACUUGUGCUAGCCUACAGAGGCUAGCGCAGUACAGGCAGAGUAUCAGAAAACAUGAUGUUGUAGCAUGGUUAUUUGUGUGGGUGUGGGUGUGCGUGUGCGUGCGUGUCUGGAAGAAAACUUGGAUCUCAAUUUACUGUUGGUGAAUAAAUGUUCCGAAACAG